AUGGCUCAGCCGAAGCAAAUUCUCUUUGUGAUUAUGUUUUGGCUUAUGAUGACUAAAUCAAUGAAUAGUCAAACAUGUUCAUACAUGUGGGAUCCAAUCUUUGAGUCUAACUCAGUCAAUCUUCCAGCUAUGUGUCCUGUGGACACAGUUAGUGGCUCAUCAUGCGUUUUUCCAUUUAAGUAUGGCGGAAUAACGUAUACAACUUGUACCAUCAAUGGUCCGAAUAAUAACAACUAUCAACCACAAUGUGCUAUUGCAGUUAAUUCAAAUAAUACUGCAUUAUUAUGGUCGUUUUGUAUUGUUCCUACUGAUGCAGUAAUUUACUAUGUUACAACUCGAAAAGGUGGUUCAUCAAAUGUAAAAGAUGGUAGUAUUCAAGGUGGUACUAUGAUAUGGAUAUAUGGCAAUCGAUUUGCAGAUAAUGGUUUUAGUUUAUUACCAUCUGUAUCAAAUACAAAUACAGUACAAUUAGUUAGUGGUUAUUCUAUUUAUGAUUGUGAAAUGCAUAAUGAUAAAGUAACUAGUACACAAUUGACUUGUUAUGCAUCAGCUAUGCCUGAAGGUGUUUAUCAAAUUCGAGUUUAUGUUAAUAAUAAUUUAAUUCCAUUAUAUCAAUAUAUUGAUAUAAAUCGUGCAACUUUUAUACCAUCAUUAAGUUAUACACCAAUUAUUUCUGGCAUUCAGCCACAAACCGGAACACCACAAACAUUAAUUACAAUAUCAGGUUUAUUUCGUACAGCAUGUUAUUCACGUGAUAUUGAUGGUUGCGCUCAAGAUAAUAAUCCACUUAUUUCUCGAAUUUAUUUGGGUGGUCAUCUUUGUAACGUGAUUAAUCCAGUUACAGGAGAUAUCUAUGCCAAUGUAAAUAAUACAUAUCUUAAAUGUAAUUUUGAGGGUACUGAAGUUGGAAUAUUUAAUCUGAGUAUGCUAGUUACUAAUGAAUAUGGUCGUUCAUUAGUCAAUUCAAAUCUUUAUCGAGUAUCAGCUACGGGUGACUUAUAUACAUUUCAAAGCUAUGCUGUUAUUUCAAAUGUAACACCAAAUCAAGGCAGUAUAGAAGGUGGUACUAAUCUAGCUAUUUAUGGAAAUUAUUUCAGUGACAGUCAACAAUAUCUAUUAGUAGUUAAAAUUGGAAAUGAAUAUUGUACAAUUUUAACUGUAAAUCAAACAAUAAUCCAAUGUAAAACACCAAAAAUACCAACAGUUACUCAAAAUCAAUAUCAAGGUGGUCGUGGCUUACAUAUUUUUCGUGAUUUGGGUGUCAUUAAUCAGAUUAAUUUAUCAAGUACUAAUCCACCAUACCCGAGUAUUAAUGCUAGUCAAACAUGGACAGAUGAUGCUUUAUAUAUGUCAAAUUCAUCAUUAUCUGAAACAGUAUGGCUUAUUGGUUUUAUACGUGUUCCAAAAUCAAAUAAUUUUACUUUUAUUUUGGAUACCAAUGGUGCAGCAGCUCUAUUUCUUAGUACGAAUGAUAAUCCAGCUAAUAAAGUAAAACUUUGUGAUGCAAGAAAUAUUCAAUCAAAUACAAUAGAAUUACAAAAUGAUACAAAUUAUUAUUUAUUUUGUGUUGGUUCUCGAUCAAAUGGUUUUUUACGAUUAGGAAUUCAAGCACAAAUAUAUGAAACAACAUUAACAGCAGGAACAUCAAGUUUUGUUCUUAAUGAAAUUCAACAAAUUGAUAUUAAUGCUACAAUCAUAUCUGAACAUCAACAAAUUAUUUAUACAACUAAUUUAACGAAUGGAGCAUCAGAAGUUCAAUCAUUACAAGUUGAUAGUUCAAUAUUUCAAAUUGGUUUUCGUGGUGUUUAUACAGCUAUUCUUACUGGACGACCCACUGCUAUGAUUGUUCAAACAGCUCUUAAUGAUUUGCCAUCAAUUUUUCCAUUGUCUGUAUCAGUUUUAGCAACAAGUACACUUUAUUUUAUAACAUUUCCAAUUGAAAUGGGUGAUGUUCCAUUACUUACAUGUAUUUCAUCAUCAUCUAAUAUACCAAAUAUAACUGAAAUUAUUCAAGGUAUUAGUUCAGGUUCAAAAUUAUUCUUUUCAUUAGAUGAUCAAUUAACAAAUUCAAUUGAUUUUAUUAAUACUAAUAUAACUCAAACAAAUCUUUUAGCAUUAUUCAAUGGUUUAUUUAGUAUACUUUGUCCACCGUCAAUAAAUAAUGCACAAAGAACAUCAUCAAUUGUUUAUUUACAAGAUUAUGAGACAAAUUGUAUUUAUGAUAAUACACCAAUUACAAUCAAUGCGUUUUGUGGUCAAUGUUCAUAUAUUGGUAACACAUUAGUUAAGGGAAACACUCGAUCAGGAAAUUAUUUAUGUUUCGCCUAUCGUUUACUUAAUAAUUAUGUUACUUCUAUUAGUACAACCGUACAAAUUAUUAGUGAUACAAUACAGACAAUUUGGUCAGACAUUUCAUUUACACCAAUAGCUGAUCAUAAUUGGCAUUAUACAUGUAUUGAUAUACGUGCAAAACUCAUAUCUCAAUCAGCAAUAGCUUCAUCUGUUUCAUCUAUUAUAAUUACUGAUGCAUCACUCAAUCGUAAUAUUAAAAGAGGUAUUAUUAUUGAUACAGUAUCAAUAAGAACAGCAUUACCCUAUGGAUAUGAUAUUGCAAGUUCUAAUUCAAGUGUUCAAUCAUUAAAUUCAUCAUGCAUUUUUCCAUUUUAUUAUAAUGGAAAAAGUUAUUCAAUAUGUACAUUAAAUGAAAACAAUAUACCUAUUUGUGCUGAUAGUUUUAAUCAAAUAUAUUCAUGUUUUAGUUCAGCUAUGGAAGGUGUACGAAGACAUUAUCCAAAACAUCAAUUAGUUUAUAAUACAUUAAAAGUUCAAUAUACACCAGCUAAUUCGACUAUUGAUGUUUAUUUUCGAUAUAGUGAUUGUACAAAUCCAUCACUUAUCGGUGCUUGGCCUAAUUCGGCAAGUUACUUUUUUUUGUUUAUAUGUUUUUUUUUUUCAUUAUUUACAUUCUGUUUUUGUUUUCAGAAUGCAAUAAUAACAAGAAUAACAACAGUAUCUAGUCCUGCAAGUGGUUCAUUUGAUCUUAUCUUUAAUGGACAAACAUAUUCAUCAAUUCCAGUUGAUAUUUCAACAUUAGAUUUAACUAAUCGUCUUCAAUCAUCAUCUGAUUUUGGUUUUUUAAAUAUAACACGUUCACGUGAUUGUACAGGAUAUUCAUAUAGAAUUGAAUGCUUAGGUAAUGGUGGUAAAAAAUCACCUAUAUCAAUUGCAAAUAUUGAUUCUAUCUCACCAAAUGGUACAACAGUUACAGCAUCUGUCAUACAAUCAGGUGGAAUUAUUUAUAAACCAUUACCGGGAGAUAUGACAAGAACAUAUCAUACAAAUCCUCAGAUAGAAGUUUUUGUUGGCGGUUUCCUAUCCAAAUGUUCCAGUAGUAAUGCAUGUGAUUUUCAAUGGUCAACUACUCGAACACCAUCUGUAUCAUCCAUUGAACAAAAUGAUAUGAUAUUGACAAUUACUGGUACGGAUUUUAGUACAACAGCAAGCUCCAAUGAAAUUAUUAUUGGAACAGAAGGUUCAUGCACAGUAAUAUUAUCUACGACAACAUCAUUAAUAUGUACAAUUAUUGAUGCUCCGUCAGGCACUUAUUCUGUACAAGUCAACGUUGCUGAUAAAGGUUAUGCAAUAGGUACUUCGAAUUUUACAGUAACAAUACCACUUCAAAUUACUUCAAUUUUGCCAAUAGAAGGAGGAGCAGGUGGAGGCUACACUCUGACACUGACAGGAUCAGGAUUUUCAUCAUCAUCGACAGUUACUAUUGAUAAUAACUUAUGUACUGAUCUUAUAAUAUCUAAUUUUUCUUUUAUAACAUGUAUUGUACCACCUACAACUGCUAUUAAUGAUAGUGAAGUAUCUGUAAUUGUUGCUGAUGGUUCUAAUUCCAUUAUUGCAUCUACUCAAUUCGUAUAUAAUGUUGCUGAUACACCUUCAAUUACAUCAAUUAGUCCUAACGUUAUGAAUACAGCUGGUGGUCAAUUGACUAUUAAUGGAACAAAUUUUGGUACUAAUUCAGUUUCUGUAUUUAUUGGCACAAUAAGGGCAGCUAUUAUUUCAAUAUCAUCUACACAAAUUCUUGCUAUUUUACCUUCAUUAGCUCCUGGUAUUUAUUCAAUUAAAGUUUCGACAACAAAUGGCUAUGCUCGUCCAUUAGUACAAAUUGAAUAUCGUUUUUAUAUUCAAAAUAUUUCACCACAAAUUGGUUCAUUAUAUGGUGGAACUGAUGUAUAUAUACAAGGAGAAGGUUUUAAUGAUUCAUCUGUUGUCACAUUUACUGAUAAUAAUAAUAAUAAUAAUAAUAAACCAUGCACUAUUAUUUCUAUUCAAUCAAAUCAAAUCCAUUGUCAAACAACUACUGCUAUUUCUCGUGUUAUUAUUACAUCAGAUGGUAUUGAUCCAAUAUAUGGAAGUGGUUUUGCUUGGUCACCACAAUAUGUAACGGUAGAACAAGGUACCAUUGUCGAAUGGCAAUGGAAUACAUCAACUCUUUUAUCGACACUUGCUUAUAAAGUACAACAAGUAGCUAAUGGUUAUGAUACAGAACCACUACCAGGUGGAUUUGAUUCAGGCAGUGCAACAUCAUCGGGAACGUUUUCAUAUCAAUUUCAAACAUUAGAUACUUAUUACUAUUGGUCACCAUUUGUUGAUUCAUCCGGUCAAAUAUCUAUGCGUGGAGUGAUAACAGUAAUUCCUGCUCAACCACAGAUACUUACGAUGAACAUCAUAUCAGGAACAUUUACUGCUCAAUCAUGUACUUUUCCAUUCAAUUAUGAUUCUAUCAAUUAUACAUCAUGUACUACAGUUAACGAUACUCAAGAGUGGUGUUCACCAACAUUUGAUUAUACUGGACAACGCCUCUAUUGUACAGCUUCAGCUCCUAUACCAGCGUCAUCUUGUAAUUCAAGCUCUUGGAUUGAUCCAAGUUCAUGUUCACAAACGAUUCCUAAUUCAAAUUCACUUCAGUUUCUUUUUACACCAUGUACUAUUGGUUCAGUAGCAUCAAUUUCACCACAACAAGGUAUUGCUGGUACAUUCAUUACAAUCACAGGAACAAAUUUCAGUACAAUACUAUGUGAAAAUCAUAUUUUCAUUGGUUCAUCCUAUGAUUGUUCAAUAGCAAGUGCAUCUACAACAGAAAUUGUUUGUGAAAUUGCUUCGAAUUCAUCACUUAAUGCUAAAAUGAUUCAAGACAUACGUGUUGUACGAGAUCGUCAAGGUUAUCUAAGUAAUAGUGGUCUUAUACAAUUUCAAUUUCAAGCAUCUAUUUCUAGUAUAUUACCCAUAGAAGGUUCAAUCUAUGGUGGUACUGAAGUUACAAUAACUGGUGAUGGAUUUAUACCGAUUGAUACUCGUAUCAUUGUUGGAAGUAUCGAAUAUACUAGUAUGGCAACAAUUACUUAUUCUCAAAUAAUAUUUACUACUCAAAUACCACCAACUGAGUACAUUAAUCAAAUUAUUCCUAUUACGAUAUUGGUUGGGACAAAUAUUGCUAUAUGUUCAUUCGAAACAUGUUCAUUUACUUGGGCUGAAAGUGUUACACCUUAUCUUGAUUCAGUUUAUCCAACAUCUAUCGCUGGCCCACAAUUAUUAACAUUGACUGGUCGAAAUAUAGCAAUGAAUGAUACAAUGUCAUCUACUAGUAUUCAUGUCACUAUCAAUGGGCAAAUAUGCAACGUGACAUCAGUAUCGAACUCUACUAUUGUAUGUCAAACUGAUAGUAUUCAAGUUGGAGUUCAUCCUAUUGUCGCAUCAAUUGAUGGUAUUGGAACAGUUCUAUCAUCAGCAAUGCUUAUAUCAAGAAUAUCUAUUUCAAAUUUUUCACCUACAAACAGUAGUAUCUAUGGUGGUGCUCUUCUCACAAUUGAUGGUAAUGGGUUUGCUAGUUCAAUCACUAAUGUUGAAGUUAUGAUUGGUUCAAACAGAUGUACAAUAGUUCGAACAACACCUGGCCAAAUUCAAUGUAUAACUCCAGCUCAAGGAUCUAAUCCAUCAUCAGUUACAAUCCAUAUUAUUUCAAAUGGUAUAACUUUUUCUGAUGCGUUUACAGCGACGUAUAGCUCAGCUAUUACACCUACAAUCACAUCAAUUUAUCCUACAUCAGGAAGUACUGGCGAAACAUUGACAAUUACAGGCAUAAAUUUUGUUGAUGAUGAAACGAGUAUUUUAGUAGGUGGCAUUUCAUGUGCAAUUAUCAAUAUGUCAACAACAUUGAUUACAUGUACGGUAGGAUCAAGCCCGGCCGGAAAUCAAUCAGUCGUUGCUUAUGUAACAUCGGUUGGUAAAUCAAAUUCGAAUAUUCAAUUUCAAUAUAUUUUACAAGUUAGCAAUAUAACACCUUCAAGUGGUAGUUAUGGUGGUAGUCAAAUAGUAACUAUUGUUGGUGAUGGAUUUAGUGGGUACAAUAUUAGAGUUGCUAUUUGCAAUCAAACUUGUCAAUCAGUAGUUAUUAUAUCAAAUACACAAAUGACUUGUGUUACACCGUCAGUAACUAUUAAUUCAUCAGAUACGACAUGUAAUUUAACAGUGUCUGUUGGAAGUUUAACACAAAGUAUACCGUAUGUUUAUGAAGCGAAUUUAACAGCAGUUGUAACAUCUAUUAGUCCAACUCGAGGUGGAACUGGUGGUGGUACACUGUUAACAAUCUUUGGAACAAAUUUUCCAGCGACAAUUAAUGCAGUAUCAGUGAGCAUUGCUGAUAUUUCAUGUUCAAUUCAAACAAUUUCAUCAAUGAUUAUAACCUGCUUGACAGGUAAUUAUUCAGAAACAACCAUUCAGGCACCUAUGAUUGUUCAUUUGGUUAACGGUGGUAAUGCAGUCGGUUCAGUUCUAUAUCAAUAUAUUGAUCUUUGGUCAAGUCCAUGGACAUGGGGUGGUGAUACUCCGCCUGAGGCUGGUACUAUUGUUUCAAUUGAAAAUGGAAAAACGGUUCAUUUCGAUACAAUAACACCUAUUCUUAAAGCUGUGAUCAUUGAUAAUUCAUCCCUAAUUUUUGAUGAUAAUCAAGAUGUCAGUUUGAAUGCUGAAUACAUUUUAGUUGUUAAUGGUGGUCGUCUACAAAUUGGUACUGAAGCAAAUCCAUUUCAACAUAAAGCUGUCAUCACGAUGCAUGGUCAUUUAAGAUCAAUAGAAUUACCAAUCUUCGGAGCUAAAGUUUUGGCACUACGAGAUGGCACAGUGGAUAUGCAUGGAAAAACUGUUACACAAACGUGGACACAUCUAGCUGCAACAGUUUCUAGUGGCUCCUCUCAAAUUACUCUUCGUCAAGCAGUUAAUUGGCCAGUGAGCAGUACAAUUGUCAUUGCAACUACAGGUGAUUAUUUAAGUCAAGGACAAAGUGAAAUACGUACAAUAACAGCUGUAUCAGACAAUGGAUAUACAUUAACAUUGAAUUCACCAUUGACCUAUACUCAUUUGGGUGUCACACAAUAUGUUGGUUCCACAACAGUGGAAGUUCGUGCUGAAGUGGGUCUUCUAUCCCACAAUGUUAUCUUUCAAGGUUUGCCAGUGACAUGA